ACGCUCGCGUGCUUUGCAUACUUUGGUUGCGUUUUUUGCUCCGCUCCCGGUUGCACAAUUGCUCGUUGCAGUUCGCCCUUUUGCCUUUGCUUGUUUUGGACGUCUCGCCGAGCACCUUCCGCCAUCGGAAUCAAAGUCAGCCGGGCAGCAAACUGCCGCUUCUCGCGUAAUUUGCCCGCCAUUUUGCACCGUUCCGCGUUUCCGGUUGGCGACCCCACUUCCGGUGACCGUUUUCGCGCCCGUUUUUUGCCAGCCAUUGUCCUGCCGGCGACCCGAAAAAAUAAACGCAGGCUACGGCCGGAUUUUCAGGAUCCGAUGCCGUAAAUCAAACGACCGGCAAUUGUGCGUGAGUGAUCGGGCAGGCUCUACACCGAGAGAAAAAUUAAAAAACCUCGAUCUUUUCUCCUCCGUGUAGAACUUGUCCUGCGGCCGAGUCCCAACAAGUGGGCGCCAUUGGGAUUAUGUCUUUGCGGGCACGGGGCAGUCGGCCAGUCCCCGGCAAAUGAAGUGCCGCAGCAUUUGAUUACAGAGCGACUCCUGAACCGCCCAGUCGCGUGUGAGUGUGCGCGGGUGUUUGCAUGUCUUGAGAGUUCCUGGCAGUACGUUCCGGGCUCACCUACUGAUUACGGCUCACAAUAGUACUCCGCGCCACUCGCUCCCGUCGCCGCUGCUAUGAAGGCAACCUCCAGCAGCAGCUGCAGCAGUGCCGCCAGCAGCUGCAACCAACCGGAGCCACCGCCGGCGACUGGGAUUGCGUCCAGUGGAGGAAGCGGAGCCAGUGGUGCCAGCACCUCGACGAAGCCGCACCGCCUCAACAAGGUGUCCUUCGCACCGCUGGACCUGCCGUUUCCCGGCGGAGCCACGUGAUACGCGAAUGCGAGCACGAGUGCCAGCACCACGAUGCCGCACCACAACAUCGUCUGCGAGUGGCUGCGCACCAUCGGACUGGCCCACUACGGCGAGAGCUUCCUGGAGAACGGCUACGACGAGCUGGAGAUCUGCAAGCAGAUCGGGGAGAUCGACCUGGACGCCAUCGGGGUGGACAACCCCUCGCACCGGGGCAAGCUGCUGAAGAGCGUGCGCAUGCUGCGGGAGAAGGGCGCCGCCAUUGUCUACGUGCUCAUCAACGACCCCAAGGCCCUGAGCAGCAGCAACGAGAUCCUGGCCUCCGACUGUGAUACGCCGGUGACCAUGAAGGAGCUGGAGGCGGUUAUGAAGCGCCACCUCGAGGCGGACGGCAUCCGGCUCACCGCCCACCCGUACUCCACGCCGGAGGGCAAGCGGGGCUACCUGGAGGGCCUGGCCGCCCACUACAGCAAGCAGAUCAACAUGCCCUACGAGGACGUGCUGGACGCCAUCGAGCAGGUGCGCCUGUCCAAGUGGAAGGAGCGCCACGUGCGCAUCUCCACGGGGCACACCCUGACCCGCCGCAUGGCCGGGCCCAGCUGCAGCGGCACGGGCCUGGUCGGCUCCUCGGUGAUGCCCACCAGCCACAGCCAGCCGCUCUAUGUGCCCGGCAAGUACUUGCCCUCCAGCUGCCUGUCGAAUCGCGAGGAGAACGAGAUCUACAGCUACACGCAGAAUGACUUGGCCAACCGCAUGGCCCGGAACGCCAUCGACUCCAAGUCGGCUCUGAAUCUGAACGGGAUGCAGCACAGCUAUCCUGGAGCACGGACCAAUUUCUUUUACGACUUUUCGGCAACAGAGGGUCGCAGCAAGCACAAGCAGCGGAGGACGGUCUUCGCCAGGUUUUUGCAGGGCCUUCGGCAGAGCGGAGACGAGCUGAACGCCACGGAGGGAAUGCAGCUGAAGACCAACGAACGUCUGCGAAAUUGCAGCACGAUGAAGCGACCGGAGCCGCAUCAGGACUUCGAAAAGACGAUACAGAGACUAAAGACACAGAAGGCGGCCCAAAAGAAGCCGGCCAGCGCCCCUUUGGAGAUGGCCAUCCACGAGCGGAACAAGGAGGUGGCCCACACCCAUGUGAACGAGAUGCCGCUCAACAAUUAUACAAAGCAUCCCUAGGACUCGGCCCUCAGCAGCGCAGCUGCUUAGACUCCGCAUCCAGGACAACCGGCAAUCACAAAAGCAAAGACACUCACUUAUACAAAUUGUUGAAUCAAUCAUUGUUCUCAAUCAGGUGAUACAAAAUCUUAAGAAAGACAGAAUCAUAAUCUAAAUGAUGAGGCUAAAUAGAAAGGGAAAUAUAGCAGGCCAACGAAGCAAUAUCAGUGCACUCAUAACUUACAAAUAGGCAGAGAAAUAGCCAUAGGAAUAAUAUCAGCAAGUGUUCAGUUAAACUUACCCUUAGGACUAAUUGACGUACCCAACCUGAUCACCACCUGUACCCACUGUAUAGUCACCUGACCAUUAAUGAACAGUAAGCCUAGGCUAAGCAGCACUUCACCUCCCCUUGCAGCCGACACUACAGUAUACAGCACGGAGAAAAAAAUCUAAAUCAAACAAAGAACACAUGGAUGUCUUUUUGUCACAGUUUCAAAACUUAAACUAUUUACUUCCUAUACAUUUUGUUAUUAUAAUCAAAUCAAGAUAAAGACAGGAGUCUAAAAGUAUGCAAGUAUUAUAAAGGUAAAGUAAUCUUAUAAGAUGAAAAAGCUUUUUUACUGCAUACUUUCAGACACUUAAUAUCGAUGUAUAGAUCUAAACUCAAUGCCACCUAAGACAACUUUCCAUGACAACUUGAGCUUAAAGUUUUCCUCAAAACAACUCCUCUACGCCCAUUUUCCUCUGUGUGCGUACUCCCACCCAACCAGAAUCAAUCUCGAAAUGCUCUUGCCCCGAAGUCUAUCGGCAAUUAUUUGAACACCCCGAGAAAGCCGCCGCAGCAGCAGUCUGCGAAUGCAUCGACAACUGGCCGGGGGAAUGUUGACAAAACGCAAAAAUCCAACAAGCUUAACGCUAAAUCAACACGCACACUCGCACACCGGCACUCACACAGAGCCAGAUGCCGACUGGCAAACUUGUCCCAACCGCAGACGUUGCACAGACACACGGACACGCACACAGAGGGACGGACGGACACGGAUGCGGAUGCGGAUUCGGCUCAGGCAUUUCCGUUUCAACUUGGCACUGCAUCGAUUUUGGUCUUUGGUUUUUCGAGCUGCAGCUGCAGGCUGAACGGAGCGGGUCGAAGCGGCCAAAAACGAGUCGAAACCAACCUGAAGCCGAAAUGGCCGCCCUGCCACUGCCUUUUUUGCAUUUUAAUUGCAUGUUGCGCCCGAAAGUAUGCAACUUGUCCGGCUCCAACCUGUGCGUGUGCGAUUGUCUCUCUUUCUUGCCCUGUGUGUGUGUGUUGGUGCAGCACAAUAGUGAUGGGAGGUCCUUGUGGAACAUGGCACUUAUUUUCUAUCCUCGUUUACUCAACGAAUUACCAGAGACCUAGUAAAUUGGUGAAUAUAAUAUAAAGAUUAUUAAAAUUAUUUUUUUUUAAACUAAACAAUCUAAAAUAUUGUAAAAAUUGUCUAACUUAAAAAAAUUAAUCACCUAUAUGAUGAACAUAAUAUGUAUGUAUUUUUUUUACAAAAGAUAGCACUAAAUUAGAAAUAUGAGAUUUCACUAUUUUUGUGGACAUUACAAAAUAACCAUAUAUGAUGAGCUCAUCUUUUAGGACAUGCCUUCCAAUACUUUUCUUUAUUAUUUAAGAAUUUUGAGGUUUUUUGUUAAAAAGGUUCUAUUGAGUUUUUUAUGGUAAACAUUUAAAAUUGACCUUUCCUUUUUUUAUUUUAAGUAAAACCUUUAAUAAUAGCUACAUUAAUUAAAAAAAUGAAUUGUUUUUUUUUGUUUUAAAAGAAAUUUCUACCCUUCGUGCGCCAUGAUAGACCAUUUCCCAUCGCUAUUUUGUGACAGAGAAUGCGAUUUGCAUUUUUGAGCCUGGCAAAGGCAUUUCAAAUUCGUUUUUAAUUUUGUUUGCUCUCUGGCCGAGAGGCAUCAAAAUGGUCGAUGGCCAUUUGCCCGCGGUUGUCUUUGUCAGCCCAGCACCCCGCCCUCCUCCCAUUCCAAUUGCAAUCCCCAAAACCCGUCCCCAAACCCACUUGCCCCACCCCCAAAAAGCCAGGGAGACAUCCGGGAAAGUUCUGGCCAUUUCGGUGCUGCAGCUGCGUUUAUUAUUAAAUGUCUGCGGCGCCGCGCUGAGCUGCCAGAAAAUUGAAACAUUUAGCGGCUACGUGAGUGCGUUUGCCAAGGGAUUCGCGGCCAUUCGGAGGCCCGUUUCCGGUUCCGCCUGUCGCCGAAAGUGCAAUUAGCUUAAGCACUUGCCCCAGCCAGCGGACAGAGUAGGCAAAGUUUUCCGGCUGCCAUGGCGGCCAUUUAAUAUUUCAUUUUUAUUCGAUUGCCUUCUCGCGUGUGUUAACGUGCAAUUAACCCUGUCAGGCCUCGAUGAUCAUUUUAUUUAAAUUAAAUUAAAUGCAGCAAGUACAGCCAACCAGCAACCAGCAAUAGUGAAAAUAGUAUAGACAAACAAACAAACAAAAUGCAAACAGUGAAAAAAGGUGAAAUUAAAUAUAGGCAAAGUGAAAACAAAGCAACAAACUCUGAGCGGGCAGUCGAGUGUAAAAUUGUGCGCCAGUUUAAUAUACAUAUAAUUGUUUAACUACCAAUACAUAGGCAUAUACAUACAGUACAUAUAGAGCACCCAUACAGCAGCACAGUCAGUUAAAUGGCCAAAAACAAUGAGAGCAAUCGGCCGAAACUUACCAGGGACGGCAAUUAAAGCGUAAACUGUAAAAUACAAAGUCAAAUGCAGCCUGGCAUGCUAGCUUUAAUUCGGAUAAAACGAAUGAUAAAUAAUAAAAACCGAUUGAGCAGUGCACCCAGCGUAAUGAUAGUAGCCAUAGCAUUCACUGCCAAUCAAGAGAGAGGCAUUUCGACAUUGAUCCCAGCCUGAGCUCGGGGUCCGGGACAAUUAAUUUAUGCGUAAGCCCAAUCGUAAUUUAAAUUAGGACCUCCUGAGUGGGCAGACUUAGUGACCCAGUUUCGGGGGAAGGGUGUAGAAAUUGAGCUGCCAAGUCAAGCAGACGGCAGCUCGUACUUGGCCAACAAAUCACAAUAAACAAAAUGAGGGAGCAGAGGUAUAGCGAUCUGAGCCCGAAUCUCCGGGCGGCAGGCUCGGCAAUUAGGCUUACAGAUAUUUAUAUUUAUAUCUAUUAAUUUAUUACGGAUAUUGACGACCAACGGUCCACACACAAAUAUACAUCAGCAAAUAACUUAUACCUACGUUUAGCCACAUGCGAAUAUUUACAAUAAAAGUUGAUGGUCAGCCAUCGACAAAUUUCAAUUUACAUACGUAAGUGUUUAAGCAAAAUGCCAAAGCAUUUCAAAUGCAAAUGGAACAGCAACAGAAGAAGCAACAGAACGACAAAAAGUACGCAAAUUGAUUGCCCGAAUAAAUAAAUAAAUAAUAUUUAUGAAAAUAGAGCACGCGUGAAAGCGUGUCAGAAUUACCCAUAUAAACAUAGUGAAUAUAUUUACACACAUUUGUAUAGUUAUAUGUAUACACCCCUAGCAUAUAAAGUGUUUAAAACAAAUAUUUAGCGAGCGUAUGCCCCAAAUGUUUUGCAAUUGUAAUCAAAACAAAAAAUUGGCCCAGCAGUCGCAAAAAGAGUGUAGCGAAAUUUGCAUACGUUAUAUGGUAAAAUAAAAUAUUUUUAAAGUUCGGUUCGCAUGGAAAUAUAGAGUUUUCCCGAAAUGUGCAGCAAAUUGCAGUUUUUCUGGAUGGGUGGUAGUGCUGGGAGCAGCCAAUUUAAAAGCAUAACACAUCUGGAAAAGAAGGAACAUAGGAACCACUUUGUAUGUUCUACAAAAUUGUAUUUUAGUGCUUUUGCUUUUCUGUGCCUUCCUAAAUUAAAUUAGUUUGCAUUUAGCCAAAACACUUGUCAACGUUAUAAAUUGGUUAUAUUUUGAAUAUUUAAUUUGGUUUUUGAUAGAAUUUGUUCCUAAAUUGGAUUGAAAAGAGAUCAGUUUUCAGUGAUGAAGAGAAAAUACUGUCUGUUUUGGUAUAAGUUUAUAAAAAACAGAGUCUUUACUUAUUUUUAUGCGGCUGUUUAAAACGGCCACGAAAAUCCAGGUGUUGGUCUCCAUCAAUGUCGCUGUCCCUUCAGGUGUUCCUCGGUAUCUUCAAGAUGCUGGCGGAUGAUUGAUGAUUGCCCUAACGCUUCCUGCAAGCUGAGAUUGCCCUAAACCUGCUCCUGCUCCUUCUGGGAAAAUCGCAGGAAGGGAAGUAAGUCGUAGGGGUUACAAAUAGUGGCU